AAGAAAAGCAAGAUUCUCCUUUGUUUGUCUCCACCAAAACCUUUUCUUCUUCAGUUCAAAAAAAAAAAACCUUAUCUUCUUCCUCAACCUGAUAGUUUGAGUCCAUGGAGUCAUCUCCAGAAGAAGUAGCAGUAAUUUUUGGAAAAUCACUGAUAGUGUCUAGCGUCCAAGGGCAGGCCAAACAACCCAUCACACAGAUCCCACCUUGAUACGUUAGCCGAGAUGAUUGGGAGCCUCCUCCGAUCAUAUCCACUGGCAUGUCGAUGCAGUCGGUACCCAUCAUCGAUGUACACAACUUAAUCGUUGGAGAGACUGUGCAUUCUGAACUGGAGAGGCAUCACUCAGCUUGUAGAGAAUGGAGUUUUUUCCAGGUUAUAAACCAUGGAGUGAGUGCUUCACUGUUAGAGGACUUGAAGAGAGAGAUUGUUAAUUUCUUCCAACAACCUUUGGAAGAAAAAACAAAGCUAUGGCAACAACCCGACAACCAUGAAGGGUUUGGCCAGCUCUAUGUUGUAUCAGAGCAGCAGAAGCUUGAUUGGUCAGACAUGUUCUACAUAACCACCCUUCCGCCCACUCUAAGGAAGACCCAAUUGUUUGAAAAGUUACCUCCAAAGCUCAGAGAGACGAUGGAAGCUUACUCAAUAGAAGUGAAAAAGCUAGCCAUGACCAUCUUGAGGCAAAUGGCCAAGGCUAUAAAGAUGGAUGAUGAGGAGAUCACAGAACUAUUCACUGAUAGGGUCCAAACAAUAAGAAUGAAUUACAAGCCUCCAUGCCCACAGCGAGAUAUGGCCAUUGGCAUCACUCCUCACUCUGAUGCAGAUGCCCUAACAAUUCUUUUUCAGCUCAAUGAAACGGAGGGCCUCCAGAUUAGGAAAGAUGGGAAAUGGGUGCCUAUAAAACCACUUCCCAACGCUUUUGUAGUCAACGUUGGUGAAAUAUGGAGGCAAUAUUUACUCUAUAAAUAA